CCCCGCCCCCUCCCGCCCCCUUCCCAGGGCCCGCGCAGGAUGCCCUCGGCCCCCGGCAGCCCCCCGGGAGGCCCUGAACUCGACUCCCCCCCUCUACGCCAUGUCCCCCCCUGGCUCGGCCGCGGGAGAGAGCGCCGGCGGCGGCGGCGGCGGCGGUGGCGGCCCCGGGGUCCCGGAGGAGCCCACGGCAGCGGCGGCGGCGGACGAGGGCCCCGCCCGAGAGGAGCAGCGUCCCAUUCAGCCCUCUUUCACCAAGUCCCUUUGCCGUGAGUCCCACUGGAAGUGCCUGCUGCUCUCACUGCUCAUGUACGGCUGCCUGGGGGCCGUCGCCUGGUGCCACGUCACCACAGUGACCCGCCUCACCUUCAGCAGCGCAUACCAGGGCAACAGCCUCAUGUACCACGACAGCCCCUGCUCCAACGGCUAUGUCUACAUCCCCCUGGCCUUCCUGCUCAUGCUGUAUGCCGUCUACCUGGUGGAGUGUUGGCACUGCCAAGCCCGCCACGAGCUGCAGCACCGUGUUGAUGUGAGCAGCGUGCGGGAGCGUGUGGGCCGCAUGCAGCAGGCCACACCCUGUAUCUGGUGGAAGGCCAUCAGCUACCACUAUGUCCGCCGCACCCGCCAGGUCACCCGAUACCGCAAUGGAGAUGCCUAUACCACCACCCAGCCUUCCCCGGCGCCGCAGGUCUACCAUGAGCGCGUCAACACGCACGUGGCAGAGGCCGAGUUCGACUAUGCGCGCUGCGGGGUCCGGGACGUGUCCAAGGCGCUGGUGGGGCUGGAGGGCGCGCCGGCCACGCGGCUACGCUUCACCAAGUGCUUCAGCUUCGCCAGCGUGGAGGCCGAGAACGCGUACCUGUGCCAGCGCGCGCGCUUCUUCGCGGAGAACGAGGGCCUGGACGACUACAUGGAGGCGCGCGAGGGCAUGCACCUCAAGAACGUGGACUUCCGCGAGUUCAUGGUGGCCUUCCCAGACCCAACCAGGCCGCCGUGGUACGCCUGCUCGUCGGCCUUCUGGGCCGCGGCGCUGCUCACGCUGUCGUGGCCGCUGCGCGUGCUGGCCGAGUACCGCACGGCCUACGCGCACUACCACGUGGAGAAGCUCUUCGGCCUGGAGGGCCCGGGUUCGGCAAGCAGCGCGGGCGGCGGCCUGAGCCCCAGCGACGAGCUGCUGCCCCCGCUCACACACCGCCUGCCGCGGGUCAAUACGGUGGACAGCACGGAGCUCGAGUGGCACAUCCGCUCCAAUCAGCAGCUCGUGCCCAGCUACUCGGAAGCGGUGCUCAUGGACCUGGCAGGGCUGGGGGCGCGCUGCGCAGGGGGCGCGGCGGGCGGCUACGCGCCCACCUGCCGUUAUGGCGGGGUGGGCGGCCCGGGCGCCGCGGGCGUGGCUCCGUACCGGCGCAGCUGCGAGCACUGCCAGCGCGCGGUCAGCAGCUCCUCUAUCUUCUCGCGCAGCGCCCUGAGCAUCUGCGCCAGCCCGCGGGCCGGCCCGGGGCCCGGCGGAGGGCCGGGCUGCGCGGGCAGCCGCUUCUCGCUCGGCCGCCUCUACGGCUCCCGGCGCAGCUGCCUGUGGCGCAGCCGGAGCGGGAGCGUCAACGAGGCGAGCUGCCCCACGGAGCAGACGCGGCUGUCGAGCCAGGCCAGCAUGGGGGACGACGAGGACGACGACGAGGAGGAGGCCGGGCCGCCGCCGCCUUACCACGACGCCCUCUACUUCCCAGUCCUUAUUGUGCACCGGCAGGAGGGGUGUCUGGGCCACAGCCAUCGGCCGCUGCACCGCCACGGCUCCUGCGUAGAGACCUCACUGUGACCUCUGGCCCCUGGACCCGCCCGCCCCCCUCCCUCCUGCCCCUGCCGGAUGGUGUCCCCUGCGUGCUGCAGGGGCAGUCACGAUGGUGCCCGAGG